AUGAAUCCGAAUACUACGAGUUGGAAUAGUACGAAAAGUAAAUCAAGUAGUAAAAGUAGUGAAAAUUCUAGAACUACUGAUAAAAAAUCGAUUAAAUCUCUUCAUUUAUCUCAAUCAACUUCUCCCGAUUUUACUUUUGAACAAGAUAUAUUUGAUCAAAAAUGGCUAGAUGAUUUAGUUCAACAUCGUUAUGUAAAAUUUAUUCCGUUUGAAGAAUUUGAAGAUCCAAAAACUGUUUCGAAUGAAAUUAAUGGUCAAGUUGGAUCUUUUAAAAGUUUAAAAUGGAGAAAGAUGAAAAAACGUGUGGUCGUAAAAGAAUUACAAAAUAUCGGUUCAUUAUCUGAAACUUUGAGGAAAUCUUUUGUUAAAGAGUUACAAUGGCAUUUAAACGUCGAUUUUAACGAACGAAUAAUUCGUAUUUCUGGUUUAACACAAGAAUCACCUGAAUCAAUAUAUAUACUAGUAUUACAACAUGCUGAUGGUGGUUCCCUACAAGAUUAUUUGUCAAAAAACUUUAAAAAACUAGCGUGGAGCGACAAAUUAACGUUGGCCAGAGAAAUUGCUGAAGGGUUAAGAUAUUUACAUACAAAUAAUAUAGUUCACGGAAAUUUG